AUGUCCCGUCCAACUAUACAGCACGUGGAAGCCUCCAAAGGUCGCGACGCCGUUCUUCAAGCGCUGAAAGACGAUGGCGCCGUCAUCAUCAAAAACCUGGUGGGCGCCGAGGAAGUCGCCCGCCUCAAUCGAGACAUACAGCCCGCCAUGGAUGCCCUUGGGUCAGGCUCCAAGCACAGCAGCGACUGGCUGCGCGACUUUCAUGGCGCUCACACUAAGCGCCUUCUGAAUCUCGUGACCCUGAGCAAAACUUUUCGCGAAGGGCUCCUGGAGAAUGAGCUGCUGCACCAUUUGUGCAAAUUCAUCUUUCUUGAGGAUGCGGGGGGGUACUGGAUGAACACGGCACAAGUCAUCGAAGUCGGCCCUGGAAGCAAGGCACAACCCCUACACCGCGAUCAAUGGCAAUUUCCCAUCUUCACCUUUUGCGGCCCGGAUGCUCCUCAGGCCAGCAUCAACUUUAUCGUCGCCUUGUCCAAGUUUACGGACGAGAAUGGGGCGACAAGGGUGAUCCCCGGGAGUCACAAGUGGCCUGAUCUCAUGGUGAACGGGCUGCCGGAAGAUUCCAUCCCCGCCGAGAUGGAGCCUGGUGACGCCUGUUUCAUCACAGGCAAGGUGGUGCAUGGAGGCGGCGCGAAUACGACGGCGGACUCCAUCCGCCGCGGUAUUGCCAUGGUCUUCCAGUGCUCUUAUCUCACUCCCGAGGAAGCCCAUCCUUUCCUGGUGACUAAGGAGGUCGCGAGGACAUUGACCCCGCGUGGACAGCGCAUGAUAGGAUUCAGAUCCCAGUUACUCAAAGAUAGCCCUGGGGUCUGGAAGCGAGACUAUGGAGAGGAUGAGGAGGUGCAUUGCUAG